GGCAGUGACCGGAAGUGUUUUUGUUAUUGCUGCAUGGCGGAACCGCUUCUUUUGCUGUGAAGUUCAUGUUUCCAUUCACGUUCACACUGAACUAUCACCGUGUUUUAAAGCCGUACAGCCCUCUGUGUGGACAGACACGGAGUCUGUUGGGAAAGUAUUCGCCUCCUGUGUGUUGGCCUGUUUGCUGGUGUGCUCGCUGAGCAGCUGGGACAUGUGUACACAGACGAGAGCAGCAGCUCUGAUGGCUAACAUACCGCAGGCGGACAUCGACCCGUCCGGCGUGUUUAAGUACGUCCUGAUCAGAGUCCACAGCAGAGAGGAGGGAGACGACUCCGAGGUAGAUAUAGUCCGAGGAUACGGCUGGGCUGAGUACCAUGCUGACAUCUAUGACAAGGUUUCUGAGGAGCUGGAAAAGGGCGGCCACCUGGACUGUGAGUGUAUCGGAGGAGGGAGGAUCAAACACGAUUCCCAGGCCAAGAAGAUCCACGUCUAUGGAUACUCCAUGGGAUUUGGAAGAGCAAACCAUGCAGUAACUACUGAGAAACUGAAGGCUCGCUAUCCAGACUAUGAGGUGACCUGGGACAAUGAAGGAUACUGAACUAAACUUCUGUUGAACACUCUUUCUCCUGGACUGACCGUUGUACUUAUCUGUAACCCUUCAUGAGAACGCAGAGCUUUUUGAUACCGCAUUAAUAAACUAAGACAUACAGCAAUCAGUCUGACUAAGCAGAAAACAAGUUUAUUUUAUGUUAAAAUUUGAGUAAGAAAAUGGCAAACAAUGUUUUUUUUUCCACCUGUGUUGGAUGUAAAACAAAUAUGAUUGUCUUAGUGAAAUUUGGAAAUUCAUUGUAAAAAUUAUAAAUAAGUCAUCAUGACAGUUUUGUAGAGUGACAUACAUUCACCCAUUGACUUGUUUUAGAGUCGAAUAGCCUCAUAAAUCUGACCUAAUCAUUAAAAUAUAUUGGAAAUCGAA